CGGAUCCUUUUGGAUAGAAACAAGAAAGCACAAGCACCACGAUGCCUCUCUAUCAGCCUCCUACGAUGCACGACAACGUGCUUUCUCAAUUUUCUCUGAAAGGUAAAAUCACUGCUGUGACUGGAGGCGCCCGGGGAAUUGGUAUUGAAGUGGUGCGUGGCCUGGCAGAGGCAGGGGCUGAUGUUGCCCUCAUAUACACCUCCAGCGGUAAUGCUCCUGAAAUUGCGGCCAAGAUCGCCACAGAGACAGGUCAGCGAGUGCAAGCCUACCAGUCAGAUGUCACUCGUCGCGACACAAUCGCGGCUACGAUCAAUCAAAUCACCGAAGAGUUUGGUUAUGGGCGCCUGGAUGUUGUUGUUGCGAAUGCCGGUGUCUGCACUAACUGCCCCAACUUGGAGUACACUGAGGAGAACUGGCGCCGUGACAAUGCUGUUAAUUACGAUGGCGCAAUGUGGACAGCCCAGGCAGCGGGCAAAAUUUUCAAGAAGCAGGGGAAGGGUAACUUAAUCAUAACUGCGUCAGUGAGCUCAAUCUUGGUGAAUAUCCCUCAAACCCAGGUUGCCUAUAAUGCUUCCAAGGCAGCGGCCGUGCACCUAGCCAAAAGCCUGGCUGUUGAGUGGACCGAUUUCGCUCGGGUUAACUGUAUCUCGCCUGGUUUCAUCAUGACCAAAAUGCUCACGCAGCAGCCAAAGGAGCUUUUCGACCAGUGGUUGAAGAUGAUUCCCGGCCGCAGAAUCUGUGACCCUGCCGAGUUGAAAGCCGCCUAUGUUUUCCUCGCCAGUGACGCCUGCUGCUACAUGACCGGGUCCAACAUGAUUAUUGAUGGUGGAUAUACUUUGCCUUGA